AAACACCAUUCUCUUCCAUGGAUAGCGUGGAAAAGCUGAGGAAGGAAUUCAAGUAUUGGAAACAUUCACCGUAUUUCUAUCAAAAGCACAACUAUUAUGAGUCGGAAUGGAAAGACAGUUAUCGUAUGUUGGUUGAUUCGUUUACGCUUAGCUCUUCCACAUUCGAGAACGCCUUGAGCAAGUCUCUCAGUUAUUCAUCUCUUUGGAUAAUGAAACUGUCACCCGUGGGGGAUGCGGUGCCUUACAGCUUUAAGGAUUUGGAAAAUAUGACCCUAAAAUUUUCCCGAUCCCAAUGUUUAAUCCACACUAUGUACGACAGAUUGUUUGCAGAUCAUCAAGGCAAUGUUGCUAUCAAAGCAUGGGAUUUCUUUGUUCCACAGUUCCCCUCUUAUGCUGACCAUCCGGAUAGAUUUUGUAACGAGCUUGAAAUACUAACGCGUGAAGACCGAGAUCCAUGUUUGAUGAACUUAAAGGGGAAUUUUCACCUGCGACCAAAUUUUCUAGCUUUUAACGUAUCAUCUGUUCCUUGUGCAAGCAAUCAGUUUGGAUGGAAUGCUAGAAUGAAGGUGGCCACUCAACUUGCAAGCCUCUUCGCCUGGUUUCAUGAGAGGCGAUAUGCAUUUGGUACUGUCAGACCAAAAGACAUAAUGAUUGACAACGACUUCAACAUUAAAGUAUUCGACUUUGGUUUCCUUACUCCGGUCACGAAUGAAGAUAAUUGGGGUCCCUUGCCUUAUCAUGCUAUUCGAGAACCUCCAGAGGCUAGAUACGGUAUUCAGAAUUUAAAAGCUGAUGUUUACAUAUUUGGCAUUCUACUUGUGGAGUUGAUUGGCAAUAGCUACAUUGGUAUAGAGAAGAAGAUGGCAAUGCACCACUGGAUUCUUAGGGAACUCCAAGGAGAAAAAAAAUCAAUAGUGAAUGAAUCAAUUCUACAAGAUAAUGAUGAGCUUCCUAAUGGCAUCACAGACAUAGCAGUAAAAUGUUUGAAUGAGCAUCCAAAUGAACGCCCAGAUAUGGUGGAAGUCUCUACCAACUUGUCCAAUUUGGUAGGAGCAACUUGA